AUGUUAGCAAAUGUUGAUUAUGUGGAGCCCAUUCCACUGUGGCUAGACUGUGACCCUGGGCAUGAUGAUGCUUUUGCAAUCCUGAUAGCUGCUCAUCAUCCAUCCCUAAAACUUCUUGGGAUUACAACCAUUCAUGGCAAUGCUUCCCUGGAGAAUACAACCGCGAACGCGGGCAGUAUUUUAGAGGCCAUCGGCAAGCCGGAGAUUCCGGUCUAUCCAGGAAGCCGAAAACCGUUCUCUCGUCCUGCUCUCCAUGCACCUGACAUUCAUGGUGAAUCCGGUCUUGAUGGAACUGAUCUCCUGCCCAUGCCUUCCCAGCCCCCGAUAACCGAUAAGAACCCUAUUCUGGCCAUGCGAGAUGCUUUGCUAGCUCAGCCUAGAGGCACCCCAUGGGUAGUUGCAACUGGAACUUUGACAAAUGUUGCUCUACUAUUUGCGACAUUUCCCGAGUGUGACCCUGAAGCGUCAGAGGCCAUUUUCAGCAACCCGAUACUUGCGCCGAAGACUACUAUAAUUAGUCUAGAUCUCACACACCAGGUGCUCGCAUCCCAAGCCGUGCAGACGCGGAUUUUGCAUGGAAACAGUGACGCAUCGAAGCCACCAACAGUGCUUCGACAGAUUCUGCAUGCGUUACUGACAUUCUUUGCUACGACCUACGAGAAGGUAUUUGGUCUGGCCACUGGCCCUCCACUUCAUGACCCACUUGCAGUGGCUGUGAUCCUUUCGACCUUGAACCCUGCAUUUGCUGCAGCACACCCAGACCAAGCUCUUAGAUUCAAUGAUAAGGGAGGAGAGCGAUUUGCCCUCAGCAUCGUGACAGAUGGCCGUCAUGGUGAAGAUGUGUCUACUACUGGCCAACUGGGAAGGUCUCUUGCGGCACCUAUUGAUGGACCUGGCGUGGCUGUUCCCCGCGGUGUCGACCUUGAAGCGUUUUGGACUAUGAUUCUCCAAUGUGUGCAGUUGGCUGACGACUGCAAUGAAGCUCGUGCGCGAUGCACGGAUCCAAGGACAUAG